UGGAGCACGCCGCGGUGACACAGAGCUACUCAGCGGGAAACUGACGACAGGGAAGCCUACUACACGCACUCGUGGAUCUACACUCUUCCACUGAGCGCCAGAGAUGACAGGAGGCUGGCUGUGGACGCUCGGGCUGCUCCUUCUCACGGUCCGGGUGAAGAAAUGUGUUUCGUCCAAUGGCGAAGAUGCCGUUUUCAUCCGAGAGUUCACCCUGAUUCGCCGGGACCACCUCCAUGAAGAGCCCCUCCAUGACGGCAGCCAAAAGCCAGAAGACCCAAGCUCCAGGACAGCCCGAUCAGAAGAGGACAGGGACACUCUUUGGGACGCCUGGGGGUCGUGGAGUGAAUGUUCUCGUACCUGUGGAGGGGGCGCGUCCUACUCACUGCGGAGAUGUCUCAGCUCAAAAACCUGUGAGGGGCAGAAUAUCAAGUAUCGCACAUGUAGUAAUGUGGAUUGUCCCCCAGAGUCUGGUGAUUUCCGUGCCCAGCAGUGCUCAGCCCACGAGGACGUCCGAUACCAGGGUCGAUACCACGAAUGGCUCCCUAUCCCCAACGACCCUGAAAAUCCAUGCGCUCUCAAGUGCAAAUCCAGGGCAUCCGGCUUAAUCGUGGAGUUAGCCCCUAAAGUACUGGAUGGGACGCGCUGUUAUACCGAAUCCCUGGACAUGUGCAUCAGUGGAGCUUGUCAGAUUGUUGGUUGUGAUCACGAGUUGGGGAGCACAGCAAAGGAAGACAACUGUGGAGUCUGCAACGGAGAUGGGUCGUCCUGCAGGCUGGUGCGAGGACACUACAAAUCCCAGCAUGCAUCAGGAAAAACUGAAGACACGGUGGUUUCAAUUCCCUACAAAAGUCGCCAUGUUCGGCUGGUGCUGAAAGGCCCGGAUCACUUGUAUGUGGAGAGUAAGACAUUACAGGGGGUGAAAAGUGAACUGGUCCUGGAUAAAUCGGGGCAGUACCACCUUGAGAACACAACGUUAGACUACCAGAAACUGUCUGAUAAAGAAGUACUGAGGAUCACUGGACCACUGGCAGCUGACUUCACCAUCAAAGUGCAGUUUUCCAGUGGGCCUGACAGCGUGGUGCAGUAUAUCUACUACCAGCCCAUCGUUCACCGCUGGAGAGAGACAGACUUCUUUCCUUGCUCCGUCACAUGUGGAGGAGGCUAUCAGCUCACAUCAGCAGAGUGUUUUGAUCUGCGGACAGGUCGAGUGGUGGUGGAUCAGUAUUGUCAUUACUACCCAGAAAAUGUAAAACCUAAACCCAAACUCCAGGAGUGCAACAUGGAGCCGUGUUUGGCCAGUGAUGGCUACAAGCAAAUCAUGCCGUACGACCUCUACCACCCACUGCCCAGAUGGGAGAGUAGCCCGUGGACAGCCUGCUACUGCGGCGGCGGGAUACAAAGUCGCUCUGUUACGUGUGUGGAGGAGGACAUGCAGGGGAACAUCACCCCCACAGACGAGUGGAAGUGUCUGUACUCCCCCAAAACAGCCAUUGUCCAGCCCUGCAACACCUUUGACUGUCCCACCUGGCAUGCCCAAGAGUGGUCUCCGUGUACAGUAACAUGUGGUCAGGGGCUCCGGUACCGUGUGGUGUUAUGCAUUGACCAUAGGGGGCUGCACGCCGGAGGUUGUAACCCCACGACCAAACCACACAUCAAGGAGGAGUGCCUGGUGACCGUGCCCUGCUUCAGAGCCAUAGAUACACAGCCUGUUGAAGCAAAGGAGCCAUGGGAAAAACAGGCCAUUGAAUUGGAUGAAGAAACAACUGUGACAGAAGAACCCACGUGA